GCGCUUCGCUGGCCCCUCCACCCUUUCCUCUCCUCCUCCCUGGAUUUGGGCGACAAGGCCCAGAAAAGCAAGAGGGAGAGAGAAUCAGAGAAGGCCAAAGCAAAGCAGUGCGAGAGAGAGCACAAGGAGAGAGAGGGAUAAAAGAGCACAAGGAGAGAGGGAUAAAAGAGCAGCAAAAGGAGAGAGCACACACAAACAAGAAGCCUCACCGCACAGUCCGCACCUCACUCUCUCUCCUCCACCACCCUCAUUUCUCUCACCUGCACACAAGCAUUUCGUUGUCCCCCUUGUCCUCCUCCUCUGCCAUCCCAUGUCCUAGCUCCCCAGCUCCCUUGUAUCAUCUCAGUACUGCAAGGCUACAAGUAGUAGGGCUUGGUACUGCACGAAUCCUACCUCCUGCGUCCUGGAGGCUAAGGUGGCGGGGAGGAAGGCGGCAGCUGCAUUGCCGUGCCGGCAGGGGAGAUUCUUGGGCUCCGCUCCCACUGGCUGAAGGAUUCGUGCAUCAGCCGUCGAAAAAUCCAAUCUUGACCCGGUUCGUAUCGGUCGGCCGGCUGAUUGAUCCUUGUUCGCGGCUAACUUGGUCUGAGAUUCGAGGAUCCCGGGUAAAAGUCCCGCCUUUGGGGACGAUUCAAUCCUGGAUUUGAGGUUUCUUGCUGCAAAGUCGAGACUUGGGGUGGCGGCCGGGUAGAUAGAUCCCUCUUGCUGGCAGCGCCCUGCGAGGAGCAGCUAUGAGACAAUGAGAGAAGAGAGCUCCAAGAAGAGCAAGCUUUCAUGGUCCAAGUCCCUCGUGAGGAAGUGGUUCAACAUCCGGGCUAAAGCGCAGGACUUCCAUGCUGAUUUCGAUGCCGGCCAAGGAAGGGAUGGUGGCGGUGGAUCGCUGAGGCCUAGCGGCUCAGCUAGCGAAGCAUGUGCAAGCACGGCCAAGAAAAGCAGACCUGACCGGUCAUCAUCGAAGCGGAGUACCGAUCGUGCUCGCCGAGGGAGGAAUAAUUUCGAUGUAGCACGCCUGACUGAAGUCCAAGAUUACAGGAUCUUUGCUGCGACGUGGAACGUCGGUGGUAAGUCUCCACCAAGGGGGCUGAAUUUAGAUGAAUGGCUCCAUACUUCUCCUCCUGCGGAUAUCUAUGUAUUAGGGUUUCAGGAGAUUGUCCCUUUGAAUGCUGGAAACGUUCUUGGCACUGAAGAUAAUAUUCCAGCCAAGAAGUGGGUGUCCCUCAUUAGGAGGUCGUUGAAUAAGAAUCCUGGAGCCAGUGGCUGUGGUGGCUAUCACACUCCUUCACCGGUCCUUGACCCGGUUGUAGAACUAGAUGCUGAUUUUGAGGGUUCUGCAAGAAGGCAAGAGAACCUCUCAUUCUUCCAUCGUCGAUCGUUCCACAACCUCAGCCGUAGUUUAAGAAUGGAUGGGGACUACAUGUUCCCACAACCAAGGCUGGAUCGCAGGUUUAGUGUAUGUGACCCGGUCAACCUGGGAGGCAGACCAAGUGAUUUUGAUGGAAAAUUGCGAUUCCCUGGGUCACCAGAUGAGGAGAACAUAGAUGUUGAAGUGAGCAAUGCUGCACAAUUUUCACCAUUCCCUCAUAGCUACAGUGCAUCAGCGCCUUAUGAACAAAAUGAUGAGCAAUCAAACAGCUCUAGGUAUUGCUUGGUUGCCAGCAAACAAAUGGUUGGCAUAUUUCUCACAGUUUGGGUGCGCAAUGAAAUAAGAGAUGAUGUGAGAAACUUAAAAGUUUCUUGUGUGGGCAGAGGAUUGAUGGGUUAUCUUGGAAAUAAGGGUUCAAUUUCAAUAAGCAUGUCUUUGCACCAGACAAGCUUCUGCUUCAUCUGUUGUCAUUUGACCUCGGGGGAAAAGGAAGGGGAUGAGCUCCGUAGGAAUUCCGAUGUUAUGGAAAUUUUAAGAAAGACCAGGUUCCCACGGGUUCAUGCUGUUGGUGACGUUAAGUCACCUGAAACAAUUCUUGAGCAUGAUCGUAUUAUAUGGCUUGGAGAUUUGAAUUAUCGGAUUGCACUAUCGUAUUGUUCAGCAAAAGCUCUAGUGGAAAUGCAUAACUGGAAGCAAUUAUUGGAGAAAGAUCAGCUUCGAAUGCAACAAAGAUAUGGACGAGUUUUCCAGGGCUGGAAAGAAGGAAGGAUCUAUUUUCCACCCACAUACAAAUAUUCAUUCAACUCAGAUCGGUAUGCCGGAGAGGGCAUUCACCCCAAAGAAAAGAGGAGAACGCCAGCAUGGUGUGAUCGCAUUCUCUGGUAUGGUAACGGCCUCAAUCAGCUGUCUUAUGUUCGUGGAGAGUCCCGUUUCUCCGACCACAGGCCCGUGUACACUAUUUUCUUGGCAGAGGUUGAAAUUGUACACCAGAGGAGAAGAAAUAUGGGCUAUUUCAGUUCAAGAAUUGAGGUGGAAGAACUUUUGCCGCAUUCGAAGAGCCACAGAGAAAUAAACUUUUACUGAUUUUACUUAUAGCAAAGAUGUAAGGUUAGGAGAUCGGUCAAAUGUUCUAUAUGUAGGGUUCCAGAUUCAGCUCAUUAGAUGAUCAGAUAUACUCAAGGAAGAAUGUGCAAAUACUAACUUAAAAAGAUAUAGGGCAAUUUUGCUGCUAGCCAUCCAAAGACGACCAUUAUGUCGACGGAAAAGUGUCAGCCCAUGUCGCUAACUAUACACUUAAUCCAACUUUAGCCUCUUAGUUUCUCCUAGCAAAAUAUCGCUUCAAAUUUGUUUCUUUUUCUUUCAGUUGGACUUUGCAGUGUCAACAAACACCAUAUGUUAUUUUAUUCUCCCUUUUUCUUUUAGAAACUGUCAAACUAGCAGGUGUAUCUCAUGCAAGCUAUUGAAUUAUUGCAAGAGACAUGAUACUUAGCUUUAGGAUAAUUGUUCGUAGCCUGAGGGAGGAAUGAUGGGUGUGUGAGAGCCUUUGCAUGGCUACAAUCAUGUCUCUUUUUGUUGUGCUUGAGCAGUUCAGUGAGGCAUGCAUUUGUUGUACUCAUUGCUGUGUGUGACAAAGAUUGGCGCCCACCAUUAUGCUCCAAGAUGGCUUUGCUCUGUUCAUUGUUCCUUGAAAUCUCUGGUGUUGCAUGCCUCACUAAACUGCUCAAGCAUCAUUCUUUUGACAUAUUUGUCACUGUUGCUUAUUUUUCA